AUGGCAGAUCCACCGACUCUACCUGACGGCUCGUCGCAGAAACACAAUGAGCUGUUCAAUGAACUACCGAACGACAAUGUGCGGCGUGGGUAUCUGUUGUUCUACGGGGGAUACAAGGGCGGAAUCAAAGAGGCUGGUGUGCUUUCACGAGUAUGGAAUAAGAUGACAUCCGCGGCGCAACAGGAAUACAUCAGCCGUGCCACAUCUGGGGCGGUCAGCUAUCAGUCAGAUCGCGAGAUCGAGAGUAGAAAAGAGUUGAGUAGGGAUGAUCCCCAAGAAGCGAUUGAAGGAGGUCGUAUACAGGCAAAACCGGGGGCCCUAGAAAAUAAUGUGCGCGGCAUAGAUGGCCCGUUACAUGGCGUAGCGAUACCUGUUGAGGCUAAUAACCCAGAAGCAUCGAAUGAUACAGAAACGUCUGAUUACGAGCCUAGUGAUGGCGAAAUCGCCAUAGCAAGGGUCGGUCUUACCGAAGCAGAUACUGGUAGAGUAGCACCUCCCCAGACCAGGAAAAGAGGCCACGAAGAAGUACACGACAACGCAAUGCAAGCAUGGCAAUGGUGCAAGACGCUGAUGGACUCUCGUACUAGAUUCAGUGGGUCCAGAGAGAUGCGCACAGCGGUAUGCUUGUACGCGCUAUGCGAUGAAACCGGCAGGAUAUUGAAACGGAAGGUAUGUAAGAAGAUACGCUGUGGUUCGCAAACAAUGGUGGACUUUGUCGAAGAUGAGUACAAUAUCAGUCGACAACUGGAGCUUUGUGAUCAUUGCCAUCACAUCCAGGCAGCCUCUCAACAAGAGGGUACGCUAAUGUAUCGCCUGUACUCUGAUUACGCCGAGCACGGAGAUCUGAGCGAACUUCUCAAAGUUUAUUACCAGGAAGAGAAUUUGGACAAGCAAGUACCCGAGCAGUUUGUCUGGAUGGUCUUCCAUGCGCUGGCCGAUGCCAUAUGUACCUUAAACACGGGGGAGUGCAGAGAGACGCAAGACGAAGACAAGACGGCGGAAGGAGCAGAGAAUGGCGCAGAAGUCGGAAAAGAGGGACAAAAGACAAAGAAAGGAAAGCGAGGUGGAAACAAGCCAAGGAAGAAGUUCACAGACAGCAUGGUGCAUUUGGAUGUCAAGCCAGCGAACAUCUUUCUCAGUACCGCUAAGGAACCCUACCUAGCAUACCCACAAACUCUUCUUGCUGACUACGAUGUCGUCAAGACGAUCUCACGAAGCACAGAUGCUUCAGAGGGGAGGAAAGAUUGGGGCACGAAAGGAUUCCAAGCCCCAGAGAUUAUCGUAGAGGUCGCGCAUCAUCAUUCUGUCAAUGCCAAGACAGAUAUUUGGUCGCUUGGGAUGGUCAUCUGGAAACUGAUGCAUACUACGCUUGGUAAAGCAUGGUCGGAUCAGAUAUGCGAGGACAGCAUCAAAGCUUCAUUCCAAUUUGCAGAAGGAAAUACGUUCACAUCGACGGACAUCCCAGGUUACGAUGCGAUGUAUUCCAAUGCCUUGCACCAACUGGUGAUCGACUGUCUCCAGAUCAACCCGGAAAAGCGACCAGGUUACGAGACUCUGAGGAAGAAAGCGAAAGCGGAGUUUGAGAGAUCGCAGAGGCGGUUAGGCCCGGUAUCGUCGGGUGAUAAAAUGGGUAGUGAUAUUGCCGGUCACCUCCGAGUUCUCAGGAAAGAAGAGUUGGAGUAUAAACUUGGGGAUAUGUUUGUCGAACCUUUGAGCAAGAGGAGAAAAGCUCAAUCGCACGUCGAACAAAAUGCCGAUGUAUGA